AUUCGGCUUGCGUGUGAGUCGGAGGGGAGUGUUUGGCAGAAACCAUUCCUCGCAGUGUCCUUGGCUGAUGAGGCGGUAAACGCGGGGAAAUGGUCCGCAGCCGUUUGACUGACCACCAGCAAAGUUCUUAACCCUCUUUUGCCUUGCCUCUCUAACCCCGAUACCCUCCCUCUCUCUUGAGGACUAGACGACUAAGACGAUACCAACGCGGACGACAUUCAUGCCUGCCUAUGACCAACUACUGGGAUACCCUGAAUUCGAAUUAGACCCCCAUCAGACAUUUGCUUCGAACCCCGUGUAUCUGAUCGCGAGAGAUGCAAAGGAUUCGCUCACUCCGAAUGAGACUCAGAGGAAUACCCUGAUCGCAGCUGGGGUUUAUAUUGUCGUUAUUGCCAUACUAUGGCAUGUCCCUUAUAUCUCAUUUAUUAUAUACCCAUUCAAACUGCUCACGGUCGGAUUCCAUGAGAUGAGCCAUGCCCUCGUGGGUGUGCUCACAUGCGCAAAAAUACACUCUAUCGAACUUGAUCCCGAUGAGGGUGGCGCGACUCGUAUGUCUGGUGGAAUACCCUGGCUCACUCUUCCCGCCGGUUACCUCGGGUCAUCCUUAAUCGGAGCGGCACUGAUCACUUGUGGGUUCAAUACCAACGCUAGCAAGGUUGCGACGAUUGCCCUUGCGGCUUUCUUUUUGGUUACGCUAUGGUGGGCAAGACGGAAUUGGAUUACUUGGGUACUCAUAUUGGGCAUGUCUGGUUUGAUCAUCCUGUUCUGGUUCGUCGCUCAGAGUGUUGCACUGCGUUACCUCGUUUUGUUCAUUGGCGUUAUGUCCUGUUUGUACGUUCUGUGGGACAUCGUAGAUGAUACGAUUUCGCGCAAGGUGAACGGGUCAGACGCGUCUUCGUUCGCUAAAAUCUGCGGUUGCUGCCCUUCACAAGUGUGGGGAGUUCUCUGGCUGCUUGAGGCCUUUGCCUUCUUCGCCGGCGGAAUCUUAGUUGGCUUGGUAGCCUUCAAGCAAUCUGCUGCUCAACAGAAGGAAGACACAAGCCACUUCCUACCCGUACCAGGGACCAAUCAUAACGGUGCGCUCAGCAUAUUCGUACCGCCCUCAAACAUAGUGUCACUGUUGUCGGCUGCCAUGUCGAUGGUGGUCGUACUCUUAGCCUGAUAGCCUUUAGCUGAGGUGGAAGGUUGAAGUAGGCACACGAUGUGCCGAGUGGACGUUUUUCGUUUCUUAUGAUUCUGUUUGCUGUCUUGUUAUAUUGAUUACCCCGUCGCUUGCGAUACCGUAUACCAUGUAAUCCCUUGAUUCUUGAUUGUAGCUACAUAGAAGAUGUCGGACCUUAUCUUGUAUUACAUAUCCUGCAACUUGACAAACACGAUUUGAGCGCGACCACGGUAUUGAAACUGCCAUAGAUGUUCAUUUAUAGCACUAUAGAAUUGGCUAUAUAUUCUCGG